CCAGUGAGGAAAGUGUGAUGCAAAUACACGAGAGCGCAGUUACAGUUUUACGCCUAAAUCUUUGCAACACGAGACUGACAGCAGGGAUGGAGACAGAUCUUUUUAAAUCACCUGCUCAUGCAUCAUCCAGGUGCAUUUGAGAAACGGCACAACUCUUGACAUAAGUUGUCAGCUGCUUAAAUCGAGCGCACAAGGACUUUUCAACCUGAAAUCCUCCUCCUCUUUUCUCUGCUCAAAUUAAGUGUCCACCUCGGGGGUUUGACUUAUUGAUCCGUUUUUCUUUAAAUGCAGCUGAUUUCAGUUCAAUUGAUCAAGCAACGGUUUCACUCACUCACUCAGUCCCUGUCCCUCCCCCACCACCUCUUUCCCCCUGUCCUUUUUGCGUUGCCAAUAGUGUCAGUGCUUGACAACGUUUUGUUGAAGCGCUUAAAAAAAGAUAGAGGAGAGAUAAUUUCAGUCGUGCGCGGUGGGAGGGAAGAUUUGUGCAGUCAAACAGAAGAAUCAGUAGACGAAGAGGAGGGGAAAAAAAGUAGGAAAUCUCUGCAACCGCUGGAGUCUCAUUCAGCACCGCUCGCUCCUGGACAGCGUCUGAGCGGCGGAGUUGAUCGAGAAACAGGGGAUUUGUUCAAACAUCCAAUCUGGGAGUAACACUGAAUUUAAACGGGGCGCUUAAUUUUCUUCACGACUUACAAUCCACAUUGGUAUGUUCACUUCCCACACCUGGCAUGCUCUUCUUUGAAUUGAAUCUGUGCGGCAAGCAGCGUUUCAACAGCGAGGGAGUCCAGAACUGACUGGAGCUGGUGCCGCCAAACAAAGACGCUGGAAGAAAAAAGAAACCUGGACGGCAUCGCAGCUCGCAGAAGUUCUUCUCCUCCACUUUGGGCUCACUUGUAUCAGGAAGAUUUAAAGACGACGGUUGGAGAUUCAGGCCAGGAGUGUAUUCCCUUGCGGACAGCUUCAACAUCAGGCACCCACUGUGGAGCCCACUGGCUGGCCUUGUAACUUUCUGCCUGUUUGACACACCAAGAGGAAAGCUAAAUGCACCUGAGUGAUUCUGGAGAACCAGAGAAGAGAGGCAAGCUUCCCACCUUUGUUCUUGCCUUAUGAGAGCUGCUCUCUGUGGACUCCACCUCAGAACACUCUGUACUGUUUAGUUACUGCAUGUAUCCACAACUCUAAGGUGCAGGAAAAGUGAGUGAAACACAAAGAGGAAAGAAGAAAGGGUAAGAGAUAAAGAGAGCACAGCUGCAUAAUUAGUAUUAGCGAAUUUGUUGCAGAGCUAGAAACCAUGAGAAGAGACUUCUGAAGACAACCGUGCUCUGAAAAAUAUUGCGGCUAAACCUUCAGGACAUUUGUAUGUGUGUGCGGGUAUAUGUGCGCACACCUCUUUCAUUUUCAAAGGACUUGAAUUUGUAUUUGGAUGCGGGUUUAGCCUUUCAUUAUGACUCUGCAAAGAGGCUUUGAGAGAGCAUGGAUUGGCUGCCACAAAGGUGUCUGCUGCUGGGUGUUGCUGCUGGCUUGUUAUGUCUUGAUCUCCUUGGCUGCCAAACCGAAAAUGCCGGGCCAUACACACCUAAACUCAAUACGUAUUGAUGGGGACAUAUCCCUAGGCGGGCUGUUUCCGGUGCACGCGAGAGGAAAUGACGGCAAAGCUUGUGGAGAGCUGAAGAAGGAGAAAGGAAUCCAUAGGCUGGAGGCCAUGUUAUUUGCCCUGGAUCGUAUCAAUAAUGACAAUGAGCUGCUGCCUAAUAUCACUCUGGGGGCACGCAUACUGGACACCUGCUCACGGGACACCCACGCUCUGGAACAGUCACUGACAUUUGUUCAGGCACUGAUUGAGAAAGACUCAACUGAUGUCAAAUGUCUCAGCGGAGGGCCGCCCAUCAUCACUAAGCCCGAGAGAGUGGUGGGAGUAAUUGGUGCAUCUGCCAGCUCCGUGUCAAUCAUGGUAGCCAACAUUUUGCGUCUCUUCAAGAUCCCUCAGGUGAGCUACGCUUCUACAGCUCCAGAGCUGAGUGACAACACCCGCUACGACUUCUUUUCCCGUGUGGUGCCUCCAGACACAUACCAGGCACAGGCGAUGGUGGACAUUGUCAAAGCUAUGAACUGGAACUAUGUCUCUACUGUCGCUUCAGAGGGAAACUAUGGAGAAAGCGGAGUUGAUGCAUUUAUUCAGAAGUCCCGAGAGGACGGUGGUUUGUGCAUUUCCCAGUCAGUGAAAAUACCACGUGAACCAAGAUCUGGAGAGUUUGACAAGAUUAUCCGGAGGCUGAGUGAGAACCCCAAUGCUCGAGUAGUCAUUAUCUUUGCCAAUGAGGAUGACAUCAGGCGUCUCCUUCAAGCAGCUAAGAAGGCCAAUCAGACAGGCCAUUUCAUCUGGGUAGGUUCAGACAGCUGGGGAUCCAAAAUUUCACCAAUACUGCACCAAGAAGAGAUGGCAGAGGGUGCUGUCACCAUUCUACCCAAACGACAGUCCAUCAAAGGUUUCGAUCGCUACUUCAUCAGCCGAACGCUAGAGAAUAACAGAAGAAAUAUCUGGUUUGCAGAGUUUUGGGAGAAUAACUUCCAAUGCAAGCUCAGUCGUCAUGCUAUGAAGAAAGGAUCUGGUAUCAAAAAAUGUACAAACCAUGAGCGGAUCGGAAAAGAUUCAUCAUAUGAACAGGAGGGGAAGGUUCAGUUUGUUAUAGAUGCAGUGUACGCAAUGGCUCACGCUCUACAUAAUAUGCACAAAGACCUCUGUCCUGGAAAAGUUGGCCUUUGCUCCAAGAUGGACACUAUCAAUGGCACACUGCUUCUCAAAUAUAUCCGCAGUGUCAACUUUACAGGAAUUGCUGGCACCCCUGUGGUCUUCAAUGAGAAUGGAGAUGCUCCUGGUCGUUAUGAAAUCUACCAAUACCAGAUAACAAAAAACACCACAGAAUACAAAAUCAUUGGUCACUGGACAGAUCAACUCCACCUAGACACUAAUGACAUGCAGUGGCCUGGUGAAACACAAGAAGUCCCUUCCUCUAUAUGCAGUCAACCCUGUCGCCCUGGGCAGCGCAAGAAGACAGUGAAGGGAAUUCCUUGUUGUUGGCACUGCGAGAAUUGUGAUGGUUAUCAGUAUCAGGCAGACAAUUACACCUGCAAGAUGUGCCGCUUUGAUUUGCGUCCCAAUGACAACCACACUGGCUGCGUUCCCAUUCCCAUUGUCAAGCUAGAGUGGAGCUCACCAUGGGCUGUGAUACCAGUCCUCAUUGCAGUCUUUGGGAUUAUGGCCACUCUGUUAGUGGUUGUAACCUUUGUGCGUUACAAUGAUACACCAAUUGUUAAGGCAUCUGGUCGAGAGCUUAGCUAUGUGUUGCUGACAGGUAUCUUUCUGUGCUAUGCUACAACAUUCCUUAUGAUCUCUGCUCCUGAUGUGUUCGUAUGCUCACUGCGAAGGAUUUUCCUUGGUCUGGGUAUGAGUAUAAGCUAUGCAGCACUGCUUACCAAGACAAAUAGGAUCUACAGGAUUUUUGAGCAGGGCAAGAUGUCGGUCAGUGCCCCUCGAUUUAUCUCCCCAGCCUCGCAGUUAGUUAUCACAUUUAGUCUGAUAUCAGUGCAGCUCCUUGGAGUGUGCAUCUGGUUUGGUGUUGACCCAUCACAAGCCAUCAUAGACUAUGUAGACCAGCGCACAGCAAAUCCCGACAUGGCCCGUGGCGUUUUGAAAUGUGAUAUAUCAGACCUGUCUCUCAUCUGUCUGCUGGGUUAUAGCAUGCUUUUGAUGGUCACCUGCACAGUUUACGCCAUCAAGACUAGAGGGGUUCCAGAGACAUUCAAUGAGGCCAAGCCUAUCGGCUUCACAAUGUACACCACCUGCAUUGUGUGGCUUGCCUUUAUCCCUAUCUUCUUCGGGACCUCACAAUCAGCGGAAAAGAUGUACAUCCAGACUACAACCCUAACCAUCUCUAUAAGCCUCAGUGCAUCGGUCUCUCUGGGUAUGCUCUACAUGCCCAAAGUCUACGUGGUUCUUUUCCAUCCAGAGCAGAACGUACCCAAGCGCAAACGCAGUCUAAAGGCUGUGGUCACUGCAGCCACCAUGUCCAACAAGUUCAACCCUAAAGGUGGCCUGAGGCCCAACGGAGAGGCCAAAUCUGAACUUUGUGAAAGUCUUGAAACACAAGAUUGUGUUGAGGGAGGGGAGCCUUGUGAGGGACUUUAGACUCUCAGUGUUGGCCUCAAAGCAGACAUACAUAAGCUACAGUAACCAUGCCAUCUAAGACCGAGAUGAGCCGUGGAAGAGGAGAAAAGGCCUGCCUGAGGAGAAAUCACCUGAUUCUGGGGGCAUAUUGGGGAUACACUGGAGAACUUUCAAGCUGCUACAUCAGAGGAUUGGGGUGGAAAGAUGGGAAUUUGUCACUCCAAAGGAUGUCAUAUUUUUUUUAUGGAAUCAUGUAAAGGCUUGGAUGCAAAUUUUAUGAUAAAUUAGUAGCUUGUAGGAGGGAGAGAAGAGAUGUAAGGGAGCUUGGGCAGUUAAUUUUCCUCUUCCCACCCUGAGCAUUGAUCAGUGAUGUUUCCAGAUGCAGGCUGAAUGAACCACCUGGAGCCUACAGAUUUUUAUUUAUUUUUUCUGAAGUGUAUAGAGCACAAGUUCAGUUCUCUCUGAUACUGAAUUGUUUGUCUCAUUUCAGUAAAAACAGGGGAAAGCAUUCUGUUUUUAUCAAAUGCAGCUGAUGAAAUGAAGUGGUGUAAAAAAUGUAGUAGUUAUUUUUGGUUACAGGUGUAUUUGGAGUUGAAAGCUGCAGUACUCUUCAGACUGUACAUGCCUUACGACAGUACACUCAGUAUUCCUACAUGAACUAAAUAUAUCUGAAACACAUGAAAAUAAAGCAGUGGGUCUCCCCAGUAGUUUUUUUUUUUACAGUUUCAUAAUAAUGAGGACACCACCGUUUUGGCAAUCCUAGUGUACAGUCCCAGAGCAUGCUUAUGGGAGCAUCACGUGUACUGUGCUGUGUUGUCAACGUCUAUGGAAUGCAACAUUUGUCAUCGUUGUCAUUCACAGUGGAGAUGUCAUUUUUGGGGUAUCCCUCUGCUGAACGAAAAUAAGUCAAACAAACCAAACACAAAUUGCCAUGCAAUAGCUCUAUGGUUGACAUCACAUUCCAUAAAUAUCAGUCAGGACUUGGACACUUGACUGUAAACAUCUGAGAUUGAGGGGCUCUUAUUUAUCAUGCACCUAUUGAAGCCUUUUGAAAGACUGUCAAAAUUUCACUUGCAGCGUUGAAAGUAAUUGACAAAUUUAGCCUAAAAGAGUUUUGAUUAAAAUUCAAUAAGAUUGUAAGACUUGUAAUAAAGACUGUAUACUCUGUACCUUAAUGCAGGGCAUUGUGAUAUAGUAGAUUUUUAAAGAAAAAAAGACAACAACAAGCUGUUGUCAUGCCAGACAUAUUGUUAUUAAAGCCUGACAACAUAUGAUAAAUGGGACAGAAGAAAUGCACUACAAGACUAAUCUGUGUGCUUGUAAAAGAUUUUUAUGGAAAAAAUGCAUUCCUCUUCUGGGUCUUGGAUUUUAUGCCUGAAGUGGAAAUGAUAAAUUAUAUUUUUAAAAUAUUUUUUUUGAUUUAAAACAAGGCUCAAGUAGCUAGCCGGCGUUAAUACCAAUUUUGAAAAGGUAUUGGCUUAGUUGAGACAACUGGUCAAAAAGUUCAAACAUAAUUAGCAAUAUGAUAUAUUGUUUCAACAUAUACUGUAACAAUUUAAAUUAACAUUCAAUCCAUUGUCUGAUUUUUAUAUAUAUCAAUAAAAGAUACAGCCAUGCUGUACUAAGUAGUAGCAAGUUCACCUUCCACUUGGCAGCUAUCUUAAUUAUUUCUUGCUUCCAGCAAACAAUUUGACUUUGUGUUUAACAAGACCCACUUGUUUUUUUUCCACAGAAAUUGCUGGAAACCCAAAUAUAGACAAAAGGCCAUAAACAUGACACCAGCAGGAUACACUUCUUUGUUUGUGUAUAAAGGAUGUGCAAAAAGAAUUGUUUGUUUAAAUGUUAACCAGCCGGUAGUUUCUCAGGUUUACUUUGAAGUAUUUCUGCCCCCUAGUGAUCAAGAGUUUCUAAGUACCGCUUUAAAUCUCUACAGUGAUACAUCACUGCUCCAUGCCUACUAAUUAAUUGGUUUUCACAGUACUGAACAUAAAAAAAAAAAAAAAAAAUCAAAGGUAUGAAUACUUGCUUGAUAAAUAAGGGCCACUGCCUUCAUUCUGUGCCUCAUAUCCAUUAAACUACUUCUGCUAAAUGUUCCAUGGUUCUUUCAUCAUGUUUGUGUUGCCAGUAUUACCUUUCAGUUCUUCAGUUUAAACAUUAUUACGGAUGAAUUCAGUGUACAAUUUAAAAUGUGUAAACACCAUUACUGUUUCCAUUCUCUAAAAUAUUACUAAUAACAGUAUUUUCUGGAUUUUUUGUCUCAUUAAAUGUUAUCCUCAGUAAUGCAAAAAUUGUAUGUUGCAUGUCAAAACCCAUAAGAAAGUCGUGUGGAAAAAUUGGAGAGAAAGGCAUAAAGUCCAGACUACUGCAGAGGAUUAUAACUUACAAAUAUUUUGCAUUUUGAUCAAUGAUUCUCUCAGCUCUCAGCUUCAACGAGUCUAAGGUGUUGCGCAAAUGUUGUUUUCUCAUUUGAUAAAGUAUUGUUUGUGGGAUUGUUUGUGUUUGUGAAUAUGAUCAUUUUACUGCUUUUUUGCCACGACCCCCCUCCCCACCUACUUUUAUUUUUCUAAAACACUGUCUGUGUUACAAAAUAGAAUAUGUAAUUGCUGACUGAAAUUAAAUGGCAAGUUAAUGUAUGUUAUUAAAAUUGAUUGAUCAUGUCUGCUUUAUGUACCAAAUUAUUAAAAAAAGAGAAAAAAAACAGUUACAGUGCCUGGAUAUUUAUGAACUAUCUAUAAAAAUAAAAAAAAGCUGUGUAGAGCAUGUUCAUUUUUAUACAAGAUAUUUCUAAUAAAAAGAUUGUUUUGUUAACACGUUGUUGGUGUGUCUUCUUAGUGAGCAUUUCCUUAGCAAAGAAAGCAACAUUUAAAAUUAUUUUUAUGAGUAUUCUGUUAUCUUGUAGAUUAAAUGAAUGCCUACUUAUGGUUCAGUCACAAUAUAGUAAAAAAUAGGACAGAGGUUGUAAAUCCAACACUAACAACCUGUGGAUAAUCACUUUCUAAUCACAAGGCAGUUGCACAAACUGUUAAUUGACGGAACCUUUCUCCAAGCGAUCAAAGUCUGACUACAUUAAUACAUACAGAAAAAAACCCAACAAUCAUAUAACCCCCUAUGUGCAAGCACUUUGGCGACAGUGGGAAGGAAAAACUCCCUGAGAACUGAACUGAACUGAGAAAGGCCAAGACUGAAAGCUUGUGAAAAAUGUUCAAAUAACUACAGGCUGGGAAACUAUUGUUCAAGACUACUUUAAACAUUAACAGAAAGUCUGAGUCCUUGGAGGCAAAACAUAAAGAAGUAAGCAGUGUUUUGAGACUUCUGUAGAGUAGUGUAUACCGUAGGCAAGAAGAAAGUAUUUUAAAGAUAUAAUUUUAAGUUAAUUUUAAGUGUUACCCGUUUGUUUGUUGUAAGUAAGAUGAUGGCUUUCAAAUUAUCCGGCACUGCUGCAUAAUUUCUAUACCUCUGUUAUCUCUAGCUAUCAACCAUUUAUGCUACUCACCGAGGAUGCAGAGAUUUGUAAUUGGGUUUUUUUGUUUUUUUUUCCAUUUCUAAUGCUUAUUUCAUCCAAAUAAUUAAGAAAAGCCAAGUCAUUUGAAUAUUUCCCCAUUAACAAUAUUAUAACUGCUUUAACAUUUCCAGUAUUCAAAUUAAUGAAUAGGCUACUGCUCAUGAGACCACUGGGGGAAUACAUGCUGAAAAUAAAAAGGUGUUUCUCAUUUGAAAUAUCACGUUAAUAUUUCCACUUGGCUGCUCUAACCAGUGAGUGGGUAUUUCAUUUUGUACCCAAGAGAAAAGCGUUAAAUAUUGCUGAGGUGCUUGCUUCUUUCUAAAUGUGCUGGAGACACAAAUGUAUAAGAUGCAGUAAGUGUAGACCCUGUGGUGCAGUGCUGGAGGAAUGACAUCAACUUUUUUUUUUAUUGUUAUUUGUUUACAUUUGUGGUCAGAAAGUUGAUAGUAGCUUAUUUUUGCUCAAAUAUUUUCAGGGUGUCCAAAUAGCUAUAUGUAGUGUUGCCUAUGUGUUGGACUCUGUGUGACUGAUGCAGUUUCUGUGAGCUAAUGCAGGCAUUACACAAGGACAGAGGUGGCAAAAGUACAAAUAUUCUGUACUUAACUAGAUGUACAGAUACUUAUGUUAAAGAAAUACU